CUCCCAGACACCGAUGCACGCUGACCCACACAGGCUGAGCACUCAGACCCAGAGCAACUGACCCCAGGCCAAGCUCGUCCUGGCUGGCCUGGGUCAGCCUCCGGAGUAUGGUCUGGCUGGGGCCCUCUCUCCUGCUCCCCAUCCUCUUCCUUGCUUCUCAUGUAGGGGCAGCUGUGGACCUGACGCUGCUGGCCAACCUACGCCUCACGGACCCCCAGCGCUUCUUCCUGACCUGCGUGUCCGGGGAGGCAGGGUCGGGGAGGGGCUCGGACGCCUGGGGCCCGCCGCUGCUGCUGGAGAAGGACGACCGCGUCGUGCGCACCCUGCCGCCGGGGCAGCCCCUGCGCCUGGCGCGCAACGGCUCGCACCAGGUCACGCUGCGCGGCUUCUCCAAGCCCUCGGACCUCGUGGGCGUCUUCUCCUGCGUGGGCGGUGCCAGGGCUCAGCGCACGCGUGUCCUCUACGUGCACAACAGCCCCGGAGCCCACCUGCUCCCAGACAAGGUCACGCACACUGUCAACAAAGGUGACACAGCUGUGCUUUCUGCACGUGUGCACAAGGAGAAGCAGACAGAUGUGAUCUGGAAGAGCAACGGAUCCUACUUCUACACCCUGGACUGGCAUGAGGCCCGGGAUGGGUGGUUCCUGUUGCAGCUCCCAAACGUGCAGCCAUCGUCGAGCGGCAUCUACAGUGCCACCUACCUGGAAGCCAGCCCCCUGGGCAGUGCCUUCUUUCGGCUCAUCGUGCGGGGUUGUGGGGCUGGGCGCUGGGGGCCAGGCUGUGCUAAGGAAUGCCCAGGCUGCCUGCAUGGAGGUGUCUGCCACGACCAUGACGGCGAGUGCGUGUGCCCCCCAGGAUUCACUGGGACCCGCUGUGAGCAGGCCUGCAGAGAGGGCCGUUUCGGGCAGAGCUGCCAGGAGCAGUGCCCGGGCACAUCAGGCUGCCGGGGCCUCACAUUCUGCCUCCCGGACCCCUAUGGCUGUUCUUGCGGAUCUGGCUGGAGAGGAAGCCAGUGCCAGGAAGCCUGUGCCCCUGGUCAUUUUGGGGCUGACUGCCGCCUCCAGUGCCAGUGUCAGAAUGGCGGCACCUGUGACCGGUUCAGCGGCUGUGUCUGCCCCUCUGGGUGGCAUGGAGUGCACUGUGAGAAGUCAGACCGGAUCCCCCAGAUCCUCAACGUGGCCUCGGAACUGGAGUUCAACUUAGAGACGAUGCCCCGGAUCAACUGUGCAGCCGCCGGGAACCCCUUCCCAGUGCGGGGCAGCAUGGAGCUGCGCAAACCGGAUGGCACCGUGCUCCUGUCCACCAAAGCCAUCGUGGAGCCAGAUAGGACCACAGCUGAGUUCGAGGUGCCCCGCUUGGCUCUUGGGGACAGUGGGUUCUGGGAGUGCCGCGUAUCCACAUCUGGUGGCCAAGACAGCCGACGCUUCAAGGUCAAUGUCAAAGUGCCCCCGGUGCCCCUGGCUGCACCUCGGCUCCUGGCCAAGCAGAGCCGCCAGCUCGUGGUCUCCCCGCUGGUCUCAUUCUCCGGGGAUGGACCGAUCUCCUCUGUCCGCCUGCACUACCGGCCCCAGGACAGCACCAUGGCAUGGUCGGCCAUUGUGGUGGACCCCAGUGAGAACGUGACGUUAAUGAACCUGAGGCCAAAGACAGGAUACAGUGUCCGUGUGCAGCUGAGCCGGCCAGGGGAAGGGGGUGAGGGGGCCUGGGGGCCUCCCACCCUCAUGACCACAGACUGUCCUGAGCCCGUGUUGCAGCCAUGGCUGGAGGGCUGGCAUGUGGAGGGUCCUGACCGGCUGCGAGUGAGCUGGUCCUUGCCCUUGGUGUCUGCGCCACUGGUGGGCGACGGUUUCCUGCUGCGCCUGUGGGACGGGGCACGGGGGCAGGAGCGGCGGGAGAAUGUCUCGUCCCCCCAGGCCCGCACCGCCCUCCUGACCGGACUCACGCCUGGCACCCACUACCAGCUGGAUGUGCGGCUCUACCACUGCACUCUCCUGGGCCCCGCUUCGCCCCCUGCGCACGUGCAUCUGCCCCCCAGCGGGCCCCCAGCCCCCCGACAGCUGCAGGCCCAGGCCCUCUCAGACUCCGAGAUCCAGCUGACGUGGCAGCGCCCAGAGGCUCCGGCUGGGCCUAUAUCCAAGUACAUUGUGGAGGUGCAGGCGGCCGGGGGCGCAGGAGACCCGCUGUGGAUGGAUGUGGACAGGCCCGAGGAGACAAGCACCGUCGUGCGAGGCCUCAAUGCCAGCACGCGCUACCUCUUCCGAGUGCGGGCCAGUGUUCAGGGUCUUGGUGACUGGAGCAACACGGUAGAAGAGGCCACCCUGGGCAACGGGCUGCAGGGCGAGGGCCCAGUCCAAGAGAGCCGGGCAGCGGAAGAGGGCCUCGAUCAGCAGCUGAUCCUGGCUGUGGUGGGCUCCGUGUCUGCCACCUGCCUCACCAUCCUGGCCGCUCUCCUGACCCUGGUGUGCAUCCGCAGAAGCUGCCUGCACCGGAGACGCACCUUCACCUACCAGUCAGGAUCGGGCGAGGAGACCAUCCUGCAGUUCAGCUCAGGGACCUUGACGCUGACCCGGCGGCCAAAACCGCAGCCCGAGCCCUUGAGCUACCCAGUGCUGGAGUGGGAGGACAUCACCUUCGAGGACCUCAUCGGGGAGGGCAACUUCGGCCAGGUCAUCAGGGCCAUGAUCAAGAAGGAUGGGCUCAAGAUGAACGCAGCCAUCAAGAUGCUGAAAGAGUAUGCCUCUGAAAAUGACCAUCGUGACUUUGCGGGAGAACUGGAAGUUCUGUGCAAAUUGGGGCAUCAUCCCAACAUCAUCAACCUCUUGGGGGCCUGCGAGAACCGAGGUUACUUGUACAUCGCUAUUGAGUAUGCCCCCUACGGGAACCUGCUAGAUUUCCUGCGGAAGAGCCGGGUCCUGGAGACUGACCCAGCUUUUGCGCGAGAGCACGGCACGGCCUCCACCCUCAGCUCCCGGCAGCUGCUGCGUUUUGCCAGCGACGCUGCCAACGGCAUGCAGUACCUGAGUGAGAAGCAGUUCAUCCACAGGGACCUGGCUGCCCGAAAUGUGCUGGUCGGAGAGAACCUGGCCUCCAAGAUUGCAGACUUUGGCCUUUCUCGGGGGGAGGAGGUUUAUGUGAAGAAGACGAUGGGGCGUCUCCCCGUGCGCUGGAUGGCCAUUGAAUCUCUGAACUACAGCGUCUAUACCACGAAAAGUGAUGUCUGGUCAUUUGGGGUCCUUCUCUGGGAGAUAGUGAGCCUUGGAGGCACACCCUACUGUGGCAUGACCUGUGCUGAGCUCUAUGAAAAGCUGCCUCAGGGCUACCGCAUGGAGCAGCCUCGAAACUGUGACGACGAAGUGUACGAGCUGAUGCGUCAGUGCUGGCGGGACCGUCCAUAUGAGCGACCCCCCUUUGCCCAGAUCGCACUGCAGUUGGGCCGCAUGCUGGAAGCCAGGAAGGCCUAUGUGAACAUGUCGCUCUUCGAGAACUUCACUUACGCGGGCAUUGAUGCCACAGCUGAAGAGGCCUGAGCCGCCAUCCAGCUAGAACCUGGCUCUGCUGGCCGGAGCACUCUGCACUCCACCCUGUGACUUCUGACCCUGACAGCCUCUGACCUAAGCUGCCUCAAGGACUUUUUUUUUUAACUUAAGGGUGAAAAGAGGGGAUCCAAGGAUGGGGUGGGUUUAUAGGAAUUGGGUCCCAUGCUUUGCAGUUGCUCCCUUGCCCCCUGCAGCUGCUCUUGUAGCUACCCCGGGCACCCUUCCUUCUAGUUCAGCUAUCCUACAGGUGUGCUCCCCGUCCCGCUGCGCCCCACGUGCAAGCCCCCGCCCCAGGCCCUCCGUCCAAGCCAACACACACACUGCUAGCACACCCUGUUCAGCUACUCCCCACUCCCUGCCUGGUAUUCAGAAAAAAAUAAAUGCUCUGAGAAGCUCCAU